UGAGGAACGGCUAUUCGUGCGUACCCGUGGCCCUCUCCGAGGGCUUGGACAUCCGGCUGAAUACUUCGGUGCGCGCUGUCCGCUACAGCGCCAACGGCGUCGAGGUCUACGCGGCACCGGCCCGCUCACCACAGACCAACAGCUCCGUCUACAAGUGCGAUGCCGUCCUGGUGACGCUGCCCCUGGGUGUCCUUAAGGCCUCCUCGCCGCCGUCGGCGGUGGUAUUCAACCCGCCCCUCCCCGACUGGAAGUCCCAGGCCAUACAGCGACUCGGCUUCGGCAACCUCAAUAAGGUUGUGCUCUGCUUCGAGAGGAUCUUUUGGGAUCCGACGGCCAACCUCUUCGGUCACGUCGGUAGCACGACGGCCUCCCGCGGGGAGCUCUUCCUCUUCUGGAAUCUGUACAAAGCGCCGGUGCUUCUGGCCCUCGUCGCCGGCGAGGCGGCCUGUGUCAUGGAAAACGUCAGCGACGAUGUUAUCGUCGGCCGCUGCAUCGCCGUACUUAAGGGUAUCUUCGGCAACCAGGUAGUGCCGCAGCCUCGUGAGAGCGUUGUGACGAGGUGGCGGGCAGAUCCCUGGGCACGUGGAUCCUACAGCUUCGUCGCGGUGGGCAGCUCCGGGAGUGAUUAUGAUCUCCUCGCAGCGCCCGUCGCACCAGCGACCCCAGCAAAUCAGCCGGCGAGCACCCCGACACCCCAGCCCCGGGUCUUCUUUGCCGGUGAGCACACGAUACGAAAUUAUCCGGCGACGGUCCACGGGGCCUUCCUGAGCGGCCUACGGGAAGGUGGACGGAUUGCCGACCAACUUUGUGGCAACCCCUACGCGGCGCCCCCGGGAUUAUCCUCGAGCGGGCCAUCGCCCCUCCAGUUCCCGCUGACGUCCUCCGCCGGAGUCCCGCAGCCAGCCGGCAAUGCUACCGCUUCCGCCGCCGUCGCCACCGCGGUCGCCAACGCCACGGCCACCACCACGGCCACUGCCACCGGGGCUGCCGCCACCACCUCCGCUGGUACCGCUGCUGCCACCGCCGCUGCCACCGCCGCUGCCGCCGCCGCUGCUGCCGCCGCUGCAUCGGCGCCCUGA